AAUUAUUGACAACAGUUUGAUUUAAGAAGCCGAACGAAUCAUAGGUCCCAUAGAACUACAAUCACCAGUUUGAGAAUGAAAAUAGUUUCUGUUCUACCCGGAUUGGGUUUAAUCCUGAUUUGCCUCAAUAUCGGACAGCUUGAGGCCUUUCCAACCAAGGCUCCUGCCAAAGUGGUCACGGAAUUUAUUAUUUUACACAACAAUGAUAUGCACUCACGUUUCGAGCAGACCAGCGCCAAUAGCGGCAAGUGUACGGAGGAAUUGGCCAAGGCGAAUAAAUGUUAUGGCGGUUUUGCAAGGGUGGCUCAUUUAGUUCGCAAAUAUCGUGAUGAAGCCAAGGAGGCCGGUGGCAUGCCUGUGGUCUAUUUAAAUGCCGGUGACACUUCUGCGGGUACGGCUUGGUAUUUCAGAUUCAAGGAUGAAAUUGCAACGGCUUUCCUCAACAAAUUGCUGCCAGAUGCUGCGUCCCUGGGUAAUCAUGAAUUUGACUCGGGUGUACCUGGUCUUUUGCCCUUCUUGGAUAAGGUGGAUUUCCCCAUCGUGGCUGCCAAUUUGGAUCUCUCUAGCACGCCGAAGCUGAGGCACAGCAAGCAUCUACAAAACUCCACGGUAUUGGACAUCAAUGGUACAAAAGUGGGCGUUGUAGGUUACAUUACUCCUGACACGUUGGAUCUGACAAUGACCAAGGAGGAUAUAUUCACCGAUGAAAUUGAGGCAAUCAAUCGCGAAGCAGCCAACCUGAAAGCGCAAGGAGUCAACAUCAUUAUUGCCCUGGGUCACUCUGGUUACGAAAAGGAUCAGGAGAUUGCUGCCAAAUGUCAAGAUGUGGAUCUUGUGAUUGGUGGUCAUACCAAUACCUUCCUCUACAACUCCGAACAACCGGAUAGCGAAACCAUCGAUGGACCCUAUCCAACAUUGGUCAAUCAGACCAAUGGCAAACAGGUACCCGUGGUGCAAGCCUAUGCCUAUACCAAAUAUUUGGGGAAGUUACAUGUUCAGUUCGACAAGGAAGGUAAUUUGAUCAAGUUUGAUGGCACACCCAUUCUCCUGAACUCCGAGAUACCCCGGGAGCCCGAUGUCUUGGAACUGUUGGAGGUUUAUCGUCCCGAAGUGGCCAAGUUGGAAAAUAAUGUUGUGGGUCACACCAAGGUCUUCAUAGAUGGUCGUGCUGAGAUUUGCCAUUCGAGGGAAUGUAAUUUGGGAAAUCUCGUCACCGAUGCCAUGAUACAUGCCAGAGUGUUGGAGGAUUUGGGUGGGACAUUUUGGACCGAUGCUGCGGUGGCUUUUGUCCAGGGAGGAGGCAUGCGUAAUGGCAUUGAACCCCGUUCGGAUGGCAGCAUCACUGCCAAGGAUGUCACCAGCGUCCUGUCGCACAACAACGACUUGUAUGUAUCGAAAAUCAGCGGUAAAACUUUGCUCGCCGCCUUGGAACAUUCUGCAUCAAUGGUAGAUGCCAAGGAACCGAACGGGUUUCUCCAAAUGUCUGGGGUGCAUGUCACCUAUGAUUACAAUAACCCGAUAGGAAGUCGUGUAGUUUCAGCAGAGAUACGUUGCGCCGCCUGUACCAUCCCUGUGUACGAGCCAUUGGAUGAGGACAAGAAUUACAAUGUCAUUGUCUCGCAUUUCCUCCUCCAUGGGGGUGAUGGUUACACAUUCUCCGAAGCGAAUGGCAGUGAACCGCAACAUAUGAAAAACAAGGAAGUUGAUGUCCUAACGGAAUAUCUGAAAAAUCAUGACUUGAUCUAUCCCGGUGUGGAGGAUAGGAUAAGCAUUAUUCCUAGAAUAGUGGAGGAUCGUCGCAAGAAGAGUGUUGAGAGUGUUUAGGGUGGAGUUCUGCGGGAAGAAGUGAAUAAAGUUUCAAAUAAGUA